UUUAUAGGAGUCCAUCUUGACCGGAAUCGGAGCACAUUAUUGAUGACGUCAUAGCUCAACUUCUCGAUGUUUAUUUUCAUGUUUUCAUUAAAAGUUUUCAUUUAUUUAUGUGGAAAAGGUCUCUUUUUCUACUUUUUUAGUAUAAAUAACGAAAUACCGAAUUAUAUAAAUUUUGAUGAGGACUUUUCUGAAGUAAAAUUGAAUUUCUCAUCGAAUGGUGUGAACAAUUUUUGUUUUCGUGUAGAAAUAAAAGACUUUAUGAAGGUAUUUUCAUUCACGGAUUAUGAGCACAUGAGUGUUUCAAAAUCAAAAUGUUCAGAAUUUUAUUCUGUUCGAAAUGUUUUUUUUUUUACCCAAAGGCUCACUCAGCGUUUAUUGUUCAAAAUUCAUUAAAGCUCCAAGUUGUGAAAACCAGAGAUGCGGAGUAAAAAUCGAACGUUGAGCUUUAAUGAAUUCAUUGAAUUCUGAAAGAUAAACACUAAACAGUAGCAGCUUUGGAUAAAAAACUAUUUUGAACUGGAUAAAAAUAAAAUUCUGAACAUUUUUGAUUUUGGUAUUUUAAAACACUAGUGUUUUCAUUGAAAAUUUCGAGAAAUUUCAAUUCAAUAUAUCUACUUACAUAAUAAUUUAUCCAUGAAUGAAAAUAUAUAAAGUCGUUGUUUCUGUAAUUCUGCUGGAAAGCAAACCAUUCGACGAAAAAUGUCAUUUUAAUUAAGAAAAGUCAUCAUCGAAAUUUACGCAAAUUCACUUUAUUCCUACCAAUAAUGAUUAAUAAAGUCGAAAAACUGAAUUUCUCCCAUACAAUUACCUGUGAAAACUCGGAAAAUGAUAAAUAAACAUCGAGAAGUUGAGCUAUGACGUCAUCAAUAAGGUGCUCCGAUUCCGGUCAGGAUGGACUCCUAUCUUAAUCGGAGUUUUCGUUUCGCAUGUGUUUUUUAAAUUUGAUGUGGUGUAUGAUCUAGUUUCUUGAAUUAUUUGAAAGGAUUUCCAUCAUGUUUCAAGAAGUUUCUGCCAUUUGUUUUAAUCUAUGAACUAUCAUGUUGUGUUCAGUAUUUACUCUGAGAUUUUUUCCCCGCGUACUUCGUAAAUACAUAAUACGUUAUUUGAAUCAGUGAUUUUAAACUAAAACCGUAAAAUUAAUUGAAAAUUUAAGAUCACUGUGUGAUGACUGAUAAAUGAUAAAAAUGAAUAACAACGCGUUAGUUUUGUUUCCUUACUUCACAUUUCAUGAUAUGACAAGGAAAGGACUUUUGAUGGUCAAAUUAUUUGUGGGUCAAUCGUCAGUACAAUUUAGUGUCAAUGAAAAAGAAAUCUUGAUUACAUUCUCCGAUACUUGGUGUAGCUCGUUGACAUUAAAACUCCCAGUUAAAGUAGUGAAACCUGAAAGUGUCAUAAAAGUUGCAAAUUACGAUAAGAAAUUGAAAUGUUACAUAAUAUCUUUGAAACGAGCUGAUUUUCUGGAGAAUGGAUGUUACUCUAAAAUUCCGAAUUUGGACGUAAUCACUAAAUAUUUAACUUGGGGUGAUGGCGAUUUUCAAGAGGAACCAGAUGUUACGAAUUUGAAAGAGCUCUCCGAAGUAACGAAAAAACUUGAAACAUUAAGUUGUAAUGAUGGAGCAAACGAAAACCAAUGCACAUCUAAUACAUCAUCAGAUGAAGAUAGCUCUAGAGAAAUUGGAACUUACGGAUUUGCUAGAAAAUAUAAGAAUAAACUGUCAGCUUUCGAGGGAAAUUGGCAAACAGCAAUUGAACUACCGGAUCCUGAUAAUAGUAAUGUUGCUGAUCGUUAUGUACCCAGGUGGGAAAACGAAAGAGAAUCUUUCGAGUUGGACCAUUAUUUAGCUGACUUUUUUUUGGAAUACUCGGACAACGACGAUGAAGAAGCUCCUAUACUCACUGUUAUUAUUAUGCAUAAAUUAUAUUGGCAAAAAAUCAAAAGAGCUGACGAACAUAAACUAAAACCAAGUCAAAUGGAGUUGAUGGCUCAGUUACCCUUAAAAAAGUUCAAUUUAACGAAUGUAGAAAGAAGUGAAGUGUUACAUUCUUUAUUUGAUAUCAUAUUAGCGUAUGCGUACGAUUACCGAAUAAAUCGAGGCAGACACAAUUCGGAAUCAGCAUGGAAUAUUAACAAAUUAUCUGCCACUCUGUCAUGGCUUCAGGUGCAUAAGAACGCUGGGGAAGCUGUCACCUCCUUUUUCAGACGAAGUUUAACUUUUCCUUUGUACAGGUACUGGUCCUUAAGUUUGAGAGUUCUUGACGAUACUAUAAAAAUAUUUAGGCUCGGUCGCAGGCAGAUUUUAAAUUGCUUAGUAUCGAUUUAUGAAUUAUUCGAAGAAGAUGAUGAUAGACGAAUUUUAAAUGAACUAUAUAUCAGCGAUUAUUUAAUUUGGGUUCAACAAGUGCAUCCCGAAACUCUUAAAAAAUACGUUCAAUUGAUAGAAUCGUGUAAGCUGAUCAAGAAACAAGAUGUGUUUUCAAUGUUACCUGAAAUUGAACAAGUUGCCAUCGAAACAUUGAAGAGUGAAGAUGAAGAAUGUAACGAAGAUACGCAACAUCGUUAUAAUAUUUGGAAAAAGAAUUUGAAUCACUUAACUGAAUUGUUGUGUAAAGCAGCAGAUGUUUCAGACGAUAGUGUGGAUACCUCGUUAUCGUCUUCGUUUUCGCCGUCCUCAGAAGACUAUACCACGACAGAAACUUCCGACGAUGAAGAUUUAUAUAGUAGUUCUUGAGAAUUUCGUCAAAUUCGGACGUCCAUUUCCCCAUAAUUCAUUCAUUGUUUGAAACACUUCUAUUUGUUCUAUGUAUUUAUUUGGCAAUAAUUUAUUAAUUUCAAGACAUGAAAUUGCAUUUCAGAGCUUAUCAUUGUGUGAUUUUGAAUACCGUACGUUGUUAUAUGUAAUUCAGGGUUGAAAUUUUUCAAGUUUAUGCUCGAACUAUGAUUUAAUUAAAAUGUUUCAGUUUUGAACAAACUGUAAACGGAACUGAUGUUUAAUUUCACUGAACAAUUUCUUGAUGAAACUUUUGUUAGCUAUGUGAUGAAUAACAAGGUAAUUACUAAUUAGUUUGAUUAUAAAUAUUUUGUAUUAAUCAAAUUUUUAAAUUGCGGUCAGCGGUUAUGUUUAACUUAAGGUUCGGGUUUUUAUUUUUUUUUUAAAUAUGAAGUAUUUUUGAAUAGAAUAAGUCAUAAUUUCGUAACGUCCAGUUAAUAAAGUUGCAAAUUCAAACAGUA